GAGAGCGUAGAAGGGGGCAAGUUGGGCUCUGGGAUGUCGGACUGGGCUUUGCCUAUGUUCCCUUUUCCUCUGUCCAGCCUCCAGCCCUGCGCCAGCACCCACCUGGGCCUAUCCUCGCCUUCUCCCCCUCAGGGCGAUGAUGCUCACCACCAGGUGCGCUGAGAAGCGGGCUCCUGGGACCUGCGAACAAACCAGGCAGGAGGUCCAGGAAUCUGUGUUCACAGAUAUCACCCGACGCGAAAACGAUUAAGCAGGAAACAACAACAUCAUGCAAAAGUCCUGCAAUGAAAAAGAAGGAAAGCCCAAGUGCAGUGAGCCAAAGAUGGAGGAUGAACAUCCCCGUGGAGCAUUCGAAGGCCAGAAAAUGGAAGGGAAUUUCAGACAGCGGCUGCUUCAGUCUCUUGAAGAAUUUAAAGAAGACAUAGACUAUAGGCAUUUUAAAGGCGAAGAAAUGGCAGGAGAAGAAGACGAGAUGGAAAGAUGUUUGGAAGAAAUACGAAGUCUGAGAAAAAAAUUCAGGGCUCUGCAUUCUAACCAUAGCCAUCCUCGGGACCGUCCUUUUUAAUGUGGUAGCCUCAGAAAUUACUUUCUGUUAUUAAUACUUCCACUGCUUUGUGUUCCUAUUUUUCUUUAUAAAUAUUUGCUAUCAUUUCAUGCCACUCCUUCACUAUUGGCUAGAGUUAUACAUAAAUCUCAUGCUGUACACAUCUCACCUUUCAAUUCUACCCCACUGAUUUAAAUAAGAAGUUUUGUUCGUUUACACAAGAGGACGAUCAUCUGGUAGUUCAUCGUAAACCAAAAAUUGCAAGCUACAAAGUAUAUGUAUGUGUCCAUUUAUGUAUGACAUCAUGCGAUGUCUUAUUCUAUGCCAAAGAGGUGAAUCUGUGUUCUCUUUCCUCUUGAU